AUGUCCUUCGACAACGACUUGGAGCUGCGGAAGGUGGCCGCGGUGAACCCGGAGGCGCAGCUGCUGCUGCGGGUGGUCUGUGAGGACUCCACGGCGCAGUGCCCCAUGUCGCUGAAGUUCGGGGCCAAGAGCAGCAUGUGGAACGAGCUGCUGGGCAUGGUGCAGGAGCUAAAGCUGAACCUCGCCGGGGUGUCCUUCCACGUCGGCUCAGGCUGCAAGGACCCGGAGAGCUUCGAGCAGGCGCUGCUGGACGCCAAGGAGGUCUUCCGACUGGCAAAGGAGCGGGGCAUGCAGGAGAUGCGGGUGCUGGACAUCGGCGGGGGCUACCCGGGCGACACGGCCGGCUUCGAAAAGAUUGCGCCCGGCAUUGCGGAGAAAUUGGGCCGCCUCUUCCCGCGUAGCGAGUACCCCGAGCUGCGCCUCAUCGCGGAGCCGGGGCGGUUCUUCGCGGCGCACUCGGCGCAUCUGCUGACGAGCCUGGGUUGCGCAGCUUCGGAGAGGAAGGUCUAUGCCAAGGCAAAGCUCCCAGCCACAGACGAGAACGCGGAGAGCGGUUCUGAGGUGUGUCGUUACUACCUCAACGACGGGCUCUACGGCUCCUUCAACUGCAUCAUCUACGACCACGUCUCGGUGGAGCCCGAGCCGCUGAGGUCCCACGAGGGCCCGGAGGUUCCCUGCGCCCUCUUCGGGCCCACCUGCGAUGGUUUCGAUGUUGUGCUGGAGAAGCACACCAUGCCCGAGCUGGAAGAGGGUGAGUGGAUCCUGUGGCGCAACAUGGGGGCCUACACCUCUGCGGCGCCUUGGUGA